AUUACACGUGAAGGAAUGCGGCGUCUCUUCUUGUUUGCUCCGUUGCUCCUUCUGUACUGCACCCUUGUCACUCUUGCUGUGACAGAGCACCACCGCUGCAUGCACGAUACUGUUGCUUUGCGUGUUGGUGUUGGCCCUAUCUUUGAGUAUGACAAGGAAAUUGAAAAAAAAAGGGAGUCUCAACAAAUUCGAUUAUCUUCCAAUAGUCAACGAUCUCCUGCAGGCAGAGAAGAACCGGUUGGGGAAGAAUGGAAACCGAUUCGCAUUAAACUUGUUACUGAUGGUUUGAAAAAGACUGGACAUGAUUGUACUGGCAAAGAAACCAAUAAUAUUACAACCUUAUUAAAGGAAGAUUUUACUUGCACAGAAAAUGAUAUCUUGACGGCAGAGAAAAAGAAAAUUCUUGUUGAAGAGAUUCUCCCUGAGGCAAUUAAACUGCACAAGGAACGCCUUUUUGUUCAGCCUUUGAAUGGUUCUAUUGUCGUGCCGCAGUUCUCAAAGUCAAAUGGUCUUUGUUCCCAGUUCAUUCCAACAACUGUUGAAAGUACUGCUAUUUCCGAUUAUGAUAUGGUGCUGUAUGUUGCUGCUACGCCGACGCCUGAGGGAACAUUCGCGUGGGCGGCAACAUGUGCGACAUUAGGUCGUAAUGGUCGUCCAGUUAUUGGGAUCAUCAAUUACGGUCCACGGUAUAUUGUGGCCACACCACAGCGUGUCCGCGUUGCUGCUCAUGAGAUUGCCCAUGCACUUGGAUUUAAUCUUCCUGAGAUGGAAAGGAAAGGUAUGGGGCCUAAGUGGUACAAUGGCUACCUCAGAUUUGACGUACAGCAUGUUAAUUCUUUAAAUGUACUAAGAGAAACCAAAAAUCAUUAUAACUGCAAUUCUGCCAAAGGAAUGGAGAUACAAAAGGGUCUGUUUUUUGUUCGAAAGAAAGAAAUAUCAACGACAGGAGUGUUAGCGACCAAUACGAUUGUGGCGCAAACUGUGAGUUUGGAAAACCCAUUACGAUCUUCUUUACUGUCAGCAGUGCAAGCGGAAUAUAAUGAUGAAGAGCACUCAUUGGAAGGUGCUCAGCCACAUGUGGGAGAAAAUCAUUUAAGAAAUGCGGAUACUCAUAGUGUAUCGGAAAUAACAAGUGACUCAUCAGAUUUACGUGGAAACAGACGUUCGUAUCUUCUUAAAUCUGCAACGAAGGCAAGCAACAUCGCUGGACUUACCACAUCGUCUUCAAAAGAAGUGAAUGAAAGAAUAGACAAGGUGAAAAAGAGACGCUUGCCCCCACGUUAUGUAAUCACGCUCGCAUCUUCUCACUGGAGUCGCCGAAACGCAAAGGAUGAGUUGAUGGUUGGUCUCGUCGGUGCUGGGUACUACACCGCACUCACAUUGGGCGCUUUCGCUGAUCUGGGCUACUAUAAAGUUAAUUGGACAAUGGCAGAGCAGAUGAGUUGGGGCAAUAAUUCUGGGUGUGAAUUUUUGGAUAAUAAGUGCGUUAACAGCGGGGAAAGUAAUUUCUCUAACAUGUUCUGCACAACCGAAAGAGCUGCCACUCCUGAGUCACUACAGUGCACAUCUGACCGCCAGUCGCUGGGGAGUUGCAGCAUCAUUGGGGCAAAGAAAGAAAAUCUUUCGGGGGAGUUCCAAUACUUUUCUGACACUACGAGAAUUGGUUCAGAAGAAUCUGAACAAAUGGAUUACUGCCCUUUUAUUUUGGCAAAGCCAGGUUACAGCUGCAUCAAUGGUGAGCAGAGAACUAAAAUGCCUGGAAGUGUAAUUGCUAACAACUCACGUUGUGUGGAGGGUAAGGGUCUGACGGCUAACAACAAUGCAGCAGUUGGUGCCGUGUGUGUGGAGGUGUCUUGCAAGUUCAACAAGGUAAUUGUGCGGUACAGUGGAAACAAGGAGUGGUACAGUUGUCCUGAAGGAAAAAAUCUAACUGUGAAUGGGGAUUUGCUGAAGGGUGAAAUUGUGUGCCCUAAAUACGCUGAUGUGUGCAAUACAAUCAACAAAACUCUGGAUGAAUCACAAGGUCCAGCAACAGACCCAGACACUGUUGAAGAGGUCCAAACAAGUCUACCAGAAGCCACUGAGGCCACUGGAACCCCCAAACCAAGUGAAAAUGCUGGUAACCAGGGAGUGUCUGUGCCGGUGGUACAAAAUGAUGCAAGUACGACUAAAUCAAAACCCAGUGAAACUAAGGAAGAAAACAUUACCUCAUCUGUGAGUGGGCAGAAUAAUAAUGCUGCUGCGAAAAAAGGUACUGAUGGUUCUUUUAAAGCUUCUGUUUUCGCGAGUGUUAUGUUUGUUUUCUUGACACUUUCUAUGAUAAUGUUGCCGUGA